CUCGAGUUUGACCUCAUGAGGUAACCUCAGGUCAAGAUGCAUCUCAUGUUUACGAGGCUUGCCAAAUACACCCGUCGAUUCUCCGUGUCUGCUUGUGGAUGACAACUCCAUCGGGCAUCCCCUCUGCCCCUUCUCGACAAGGGACCGGGGUGUUGAUGUAUCUCAUGCACCCAUCGUCAAAGGUCAAACGUCCCGUGUCUCUAGACUCGCAUCUAUCGCUGUGUCUACGUCAGUCUCUACGGAAGCCGUGAUAAGGACGGACUGGUGGGCAAGCCAUAGCUGCUUGAGAUCCUGUCAUCGCAAAGACUGGGAUGCUAGUACUCGCGAGCAGCCCAAGAACACCGAACAGAGUGACAGCCAUCAUCCAUUCCUUUCAUCACCCUGGUCGCCUCCCUGUAGCCUUACUAAACACGUUCCAGUCAAUGUCCUUUCUCCUAGCGAGCACCACGCACUUCUGGCACUACUGGGGGCUGACAUGGCUGGUCACGUAGCUCUCCUUUUUGACCUUUUCCCCUGACAGACCUGGUCCUUUGACUGAGGCAGCCCCACGCAGUCCUUUCGAAGCUGCCCCUGUGUGAACGGUGCUAUCGUUCCUAUAAUUGUCCCACUUCAUUAUUCACCAUGUCAUCGACACAAGACAACAGAUCAUCUGUAGCGAGUGAUACGUGAGCGAACUGACCUAUGCUCGUACUGUGUCAGGAACGGUCGGCGGCGAUCUCCGCUGGCCGAGCCGUUACCCGAGUAUAAGAGUAGGACUCAUAAAGAUAAAGCUCUCUUCUUCAUCAAUAU